UCAGUUUACUAGUUCAGCUUGACGUCCUGACCCCGGUUCAGUACCUUCUGUCAAACUUCACCGACACUGGGAUCUCUUCUCCGUUUGCUAAUAUCCCUCAGCGAUGGAGCGGAAAGUUGCUCGAGAAUUUAGGCAUAAGGUGGAGUUGCUGAUUGAGAAUGAAGCAGAGAAGGAUUACCUCUACGAUGUCCUCAGAAUGUAUCACCAGUCGAUGGAUUUGCAGGUGCUGGUUGGGGACCUGAAGCUGGUCAUUAAUGAACCAAAGCGCCUGCCGCUGUUUGAUGCCAUCCGACCUCUUAUUCCACUCAAACACCAGGUGGAGUACGACCUGCUCACCCCCAAGAGGUCACGAAAGCUCAAGGAGGUGCGUUUGGAUCGAACACAUCGUGAUGGGCUGGGUCUGAGUGUCCGAGGGGGGCUGGAGUUUGGCUGUGGUCUCUACAUUUCACAGAUGGUCAAAGACGGUCAGGCCGCGAACGUCGGCCUUCAGGUCGGUGAUGAGAUUGUGCGCAUCAACGGAUACUCCAUCUCCUCUUGCAUCCACGAGGAGGUCAUCAGUCUCAUCAAGACCAAGAAGAUUGUGUCCCUCAAAGUCAAACACGUGGGGAUGAUCCCAGUGAAAAGCUCAUCAGAUGAACCCCUCAAGUGGCAGUUUGUGGACCAGUUUGUGUCUGAGUCCGGGGAGAAAAAAAGCAGUGUUGCAGGCUUGGCGUCCAUUGGAGGAAAAGAAAUCAAAGAGAAGAAGGUUUUUCUCAGCCUUGUGGGCACCAAGGGUAUGGGCAUCAGCAUCUCCAGUGGUCCGACGCAGAAACCUGGGAUCUACAUCAGUAACGUGAAGCCAGGCUCCCUCUCUGCAGAAGUUGGACUGGAGGUCGGGGAUCAGAUAGUGGAGGUGAACGGGGUGGAUUUUACUAAUACAGACCACAAAGAGGCUGUGAAAGUCCUGAAGAGCAGCAGGAGUCUGACCAUUACUGUCCUGACAGGCGCUGGCAGCGAUCUGUUUAUGACAGAUGAGGAGCGUCUAGCAGUGGAGGCCCGCAGGGAGCUGGACCGACAAGAGCUGAUGCAUCAAAAGAGGGUGGCUUUGGAGACCAACAAAAUCCUGAAAGAGCAGCAGGAGAAGGAGCGGCAGAGACAGAUGGAGAUCUCUCAGAAAACUGAGGAGGAAGAGAAGCGCUACAAGAAGGAGAUGGAGAAAAUCGAGGCUGUGGAGAGGAAGCAGAACAGAGAAUGGGAGGAGGACUGGGGAGCCAAAAACAGGCCUAAGAGCCCUAAGAGCCCCCACGGACGGAAAAGCCCCUCACCUGUCCCCCAUGAUAAGAAAACCACGACAAGUCCAAAGUCAAAGAGUUCACCUGACGGAGCCAGCUCCUUCACAGAGGAAGACAGGGAGGAAGAGCAGGACGGACAAGGAUUUCAGAAAUACGAGGAAGAGUUUGAUCCCUACUCCAUGUUCUCCGCCGACCAGAUAGCCGGGCGAGAUGUGAGACUGCUGAGAAUUAAAAAGACGGGACAUCUCGAUGUUGCUCUGGAGGGAGGAGCAGACUCUCCUUUGGGGAAGCUGGUGGUGUCUUCUGUGUAUGAGGGUGGAGCUGCAGAUCAGCACGGUGGCAUGGUAGCUGGGGAUGAACUCAUGGCUGUGAAUGGGAAAAUCCUGAUCGAUGCUUCAUUGACUGAGGGACAAAACUUUCUGGCUCGAGCCUGGAAUAGUGGAGGGGACUGGAUCGAUGUCGUCAUUGCUGUUUCCCCUCCGAAAGCAUAUGAAGAUGAAGUAACAUUCUUCUAGACUCAUCAACAGCCUGCCAAGAAAACCAAUCUGAUAAAGAAGAUUUUUUAUUGAUCCACAUUUAUGUUCAUCACUUGUCAUCACCGCCUGUUAACAAUGAGCUGAAGAUUUUAUUUUGUCUGUUUCUUUUGAUAUGUUUUUCCUUAAAUUAAACCUUGAUGUUCACUCCACGCAGACAACACGCUCUCUUACUGUCUUGUGUUGUUAAAAAUGAUUCAGUCUUCUGUCCUGUAAUCUUCCUCAUCAACAUGGUUAUUCUCUUUUAUGUACACGCAGUCUGACCCUUUCCUCCUUCAGACAUGUGUAGACAUGCUCAAAUUAAAACAGGAAAACUGUAAGCAACAUCCACUCUUUGAUGUGGCUUUCAGUCCAAUAAACCUCUGCUUUCACUCA